GGGAGGGGGGGUCCGUGCUCCGAGGCCCGUUUGCUCCCCGCAGUCGGGGCCUGGCGGGACGCGCCUGGGCUCUGCGGGGGGCCCGGCCCGGGCUGAGGGGGCCCGGGCUGAGGGGGCCCCGCUGGCCGCGCUCGUUCCUAGGAGCCCUUCGCUCCCGCCCGCGUCGCGAGGACCGGCCUGGGCAGGUCCCUGGGCAGCCCCGGCUCCCGCCCAGAAGGGCGCGCCCGGCCUGGGGCGCUCGGGCCCCCCUGCCGCGGGCUGCGAGGGGCCGGCGGUGCGCGCCAUGGAGGGCCCCGCCGUGGGAAAGGCGCUGGGCUGGCAGGAGAAGGAGAAGCUGAAAGAAAAGUUAGCCUUCCUGAAAAGAGAAUACAGCAAAACAUUCAACAGGUUACAGCGUGCACAAAGAGCUGAGAGGGUUAAAAAUUAUGUUAAGAAAACGGUUGCAGAACAAAAUCAAUUGCUUAGGCAAGAGGAAACUGAGAAUAAUACCACAGAACUGAUGGAUAAACAGUCUCCCAAUGAUGAUGAUAAAUCUGGAAUAUGUAUGUUACAGACCAAUACCUGUUCUGACUCAGGCACUGAGAAAAAAAUGUCUGUCACAUUUAAACUUGAGCCUGAAUUCUUCAACAAUGAAAUUAACUUGCAGGAAAGUUCAUUGGCAGAAAGCCCAAAUAGUGACCAAGAAAAUAUCCUCUCUGGCCUCAUGAGAUCUGUUACUGAGGAGAACCAAAGCCAACUGUCAAGGAGUAGAAUGACUUUGGUCUCAGAGGGGAGAGAAUCAGCUUGUGAAGUGCCACCAAUCAGUGCUGGUGAAACGUUGGAAAAUCAAAUGGGAAGUACAGAGGAGCCUGGGUCACCAGUAUUCAAGGGAAGGAACACCAUCUCAAACACCAAGAAUAAAAUCCAAAAGGCCCCCAGGCUGGUCAUUGUGAGGGAAGAAAAAGAUUUAACUCCUCAAGAUCCACAGGUAGGAGAUUUUCAGGAAAUGCCUGAAGAAAAUGUAUUUCUGAGUGUCCGCAAACCACUUUCAUGCAUGUUGAUGGGUGGCAAUAACAUUCAGCAGCCUGUGUCUCCAUGUGCUGAGGACAUCUGUGAUAGCUAUGCGCCAUUGCCCCAGUGUUUAGUGGGUGAUAUGCCUGUUUCACUUCAAAACAUCGAGAAUACAGGAAAAGAACUUGCCUGUAUAGAAAACCAAAUGGAUCGGGAAGAGUUGAGUAGGGCCUUCAAUUUAACUGCAGAUAAUCAACCAUCCCUGGCAGGCAGAAGCAACCCUAGCACUAGUGAAAGCAGACCCCAUAAAGAAAGAAACCACAGUGAGACCAAGAGCUCAAGUCCUCUGAACACUGACUCUCUUCUGGAUAAUGUUGAAGAACCUUUGAGGAAUCAAGAGGCUCAGACUGAAGCAGGGUCUCCUGUCCUAGAGAAGACUCCUCCUGCAGCAGAAAGCGCACUGAGCUCUUGCACAAUGAUUGAAGGACUCCUCUUUCCUGUAGAAUAUUAUGUUAGGACAACUCGGCGUAUGUCUAAUUGCCAGAGGAAAGUAGACCUGGAGGCUGUCAUUCUCAGCCAGUUGGGCAGGAGCAGGAAAGGGCUGCGAAGUAAACAUAAGCAGAUAAAUUCAAAUUCAGAUCAGCUCUACCAAGAAACCGCCAGAAGUGAUUUGCAGGCAGGGGGCACUCCGUUCCCUUUUCUAGGUGCAGAGAGUGACCCAGUGAGUUCAAAUAGUUCUGAGAAAUCUCUCCCUCCAUCAGAUGAGAGCUGCACUUCCAGUGGCUCUCUUUCUCAGAAGACUGUUAUUAGUGUGAAACAAGCUAAGGGAAAAUCCUGGAGGAGAGGAAGGGGCAGAUGGGGUUCUACCUGCAGACCUGCACUGAAUGGGUCACAAGCACAUCCUGAGACUUCAGAUCUUACAGUGCUAAAGGAAAACAGUCAUCUCUUGUCAAAUGAUUCUCAACCUGGAAAGGAAAACUGUGAGGGUGACCAUGAGAGGUCACCUAUAGGCAAAACAAGGGUGCUCGUCCCUGCAGCUGGUGAGGCUACAGAAGCAGAAAUGACAGACAUUACAUGGCCAGCUGAGGCUGAUCUUCCUGAUGUAAGCCAAACAUUCAGCAAAUGCCAUCAGCCUCCAUUAGAACAUAUUCAAAAUCCACUCCAAGGAAAUAAUUUCUUAAAUCCAUGGGAUGAAGCUUUCUCCAGCCCCACGCAAGAUCUGGAAGCCAAUGUAAAUGUGAGUCAGGCUGAUAAACAGCCAGUGGGGCACAUUAGGAAUCAGUGUGUUCAGAAAGCCUGCCGGGCUGAGCAGCUGCCAACAGUUAAAGAAUCUCUACUUCAGCAUGAUCUCCCAAGUUCCUCCGUGAAACGUAAAGUGAGGCAAGGAUCUAAAGGUAAAAGAGGGCGCAGUCAACAGAUGGACUUGGAAGGUCCAAGUCCUCUAAGCCAUCUUGGUCUGGAUCCUAUGGCCUUCGACCCUCCCUUUCACUUCCAGAAUGAGAUGCUCAGUGUCAAGUGGCUGCCCUCUAAGCUGGACAUCAGAGACUUUCAUUUACCCGAUGAGGAGUUUGGUCUCCUUAAAUUUGAGAAACUACAAUCCUGCACAGUGAAACAGCUGGAGCCCUUUGUUCCUUCAGGGUCUGAACACUGGCUCCAGAGUGCUGGAGACACUGUGGCUUUAGGGGACAUGAGACUUAAACAAGUGAAUACAGAAGGGAAGAGUCUAGAAAAUAGCUUUAUUUCUCCUUCAAAGACUAUGUCACCUAAACUGCCUCACUUAGAAGGGCAGUUGCACAAGAAGGGGCUUUCUCCAAGCGAAUUGCUGCUAACUCCGGCAAGUUCUGUCUCAGCUGGUGCAAUCAACCAGCUGGAAUCACAGAUUCCUACACCUGCUUUCCCUGUCCUGGGUGCAACCCCAGCUAUCCUAUCACUGGUACACAAUGAGGCCUUACCUGACACACUUUCUGUACUUCCUUUGCAAGUGAAAACAAAUCUCUUCAAAGAACCAGCCAGUCAUGUUGUGGAUGGGAGAGAGUGUAAUAACUCCACAGGUACAUUGCACUCAGAUAGCUGCAGAACAGGAUCUGACUGUAGGUCUGAUGAAGCUGUCUCCCUCAAAGAGUAUCAGCAACCAGGGAGCGGUUCCAAGGAGUGCUGCGGUGCAGAGAACAAACUGACAGCAGAAGAGUUGGCCGUGGUGCUGAGUGACAGCCUGAGAGCCAGGAGCUUGCAACUGGCCUCAAAGCUAAAGAACCUCUCAAGUUCUUGUGCUGUGGACGUGAGCACUGUCUGGUGGGAAUCAGCUGGCUGCACAGAGCUGUGUAUCGUAACUGCUUGUGAGACUUUCAUUUCCCUGUGGAAACCUCUGGCUUCCAGCCAGUGGAGAAAGGUGUAUACCUGGCACCUUACAGAGAUUCCAGUAAUACAAAUUGUUCCCUUGCCAGAUGUCUCUAAUCUUGUAUGUGUUGCCUUGGGAGAUCUGGAGAUUGGAGAAAUAAGGCUCUUGCUUUGUUCUUCUGAAGACGGCUCCUUAAAGCAAUCACUAGUGAAAACUGGGAACAUAAAAGCUGUUCUUGGUCUGACAAACAGGAGGCUGGUCAGUAGUAGUGGGACACUUCAAGACCAGCAAAUCGAGAUAAUCUCCAUUUCAGAGGCAGGAAGAAGCAAUGAGAGGCAGACUUUGAUGCCCCCAGAAGAAACCAUUCUGGCUUUUGCUGAGGUAGAAGGGAUUCGAGAUGCCUUGGUUGGCACCACUGCAGUGAACAGCCUUGUUGUUUGGAACUUGAAAACUGGCCAGAUUCUGAAAAAGAUGCACGUUGGUUAUUCCUACCCUGCCUCUAUCUGCCAUCGCGCCUAUUCUGACUCUGGCCUCCUGUUUGUUGUUUUAAGUCACCCACAUGCCAAAGAGAAUGAGUCCUGUGGAAACCCUGCAUUCCGGAUGAGAGUGUUCAAUCCCAAAACAGCCAGAAGCACUGGGGUAAUGUUCUUCUCCCUCCCCCCUGGACACAGUGGAAGGUACCUGGAAGGCGAAGUGAAGGGUGUCUCUGCAGCAGCUGUGCUAACAUCUGGAACAAUCGCAGUAUGGGACUUAUUUUUAGGCCAGUGUACUGCUCUGCUUCCACCAAAUGCUGAUGGGAAUUGGUCUUUGGUCAGAUGGUCAGUCACAGAUUCCUGUCUCCUGGCUGGACAGAAAGAUGGAAGCGUGUAUGUGUACCAUUAUUCACAAGCCAAGGCAGUAGGAAAGUAAAUGGGUAAUAUGAUGGAUUCUCAAAGCUAACAGGAGAGUUUGCACUGAUAAUCUAAAGUAAAUUGAGCUGAAUAGAAUUUUGUGUUGAAGAAAGAUUCCUCAGUGUCAUCUGUUCACUUUCCCAUAAGUAAAUUGCAUAUUUUUCACUUUGUCAGGUUCACAAGAUCUGUGAGAUGAUGCUGGCUGACUUUUUGAAUGUGUCUUGUCUUGUUCACUAGAUCUGUGAAGCCAAUGGCACUGUGUUUAACAGUAAUUGGCUAGAUCUACCUGUUUGCAUUCAGGGUUUGUACAUUUCAUUGUGAAAAGCAUUUUCAGUGGAUUAUGUAGAUGUAAGAUGCUAUUAAACUUUAUUUUUGUAAACUC